AUGGACCUGUACGCCGACUUGCCGCUGGCCAAAGGCGUCAAAGCGCCUUCUGCGCUCGACGCUGACGGCAAACCCAAGACGUCGUUGUCGUCGACUACUUCCGUAUGGGCCAGUGCGCCGUUGAUGGUCCCCCAAGCAGCCAAGAACAAGAGCGGCAAUCGAUCAGCAGCUGCGGGAAUAGCCAGUAGCUCGUUGAUGGUGCCCAGUGCCUUGACGGCGAGUAGAGGCAAAAGUCCGGUGGUACCGGCUGCUUCGCUUGGUUUUAAGCCUGCAUCAGUGGCUAGAAAAGCACCGGCAGGUGUUCCAGUGGUCUAUAAGCAGGAGCAUGACGAGACGGUGAGGACUACUGCAAGCGCAGGGUUGGGGUACGUCGCAGCGACGGAAGUGAAGGUGACGUCGAUCGAUCGUCGACAAGACACGACGCGGACGCAAGACGGGGAUGUGGCGAGUAUCGAUAUGGCUGGCAGCCACUUUUUCCAGCAGACGUAUCGAGACGAGUACCAACCAGCACGACCAAACAGCUACGAGAUGUACUGCAAGGAACGACAAGAGAAGAAGAAGCUUGAACAGGUGAAGCGCGAGCUGAGUCGUCGACAGCGAGAACAGGAGCGAGAGGGCAAGUUGGAGCGAGAGAAGCUCGCAGAGGAUCUUGCGGCAGGGCGAGCACCUGCCAUGAAGCUGCUCGCACCUGCUGGACGAGGACGAGGCAUGACGAUGCCAGCGUGGAUGCGCAAGAAAAUUGAAGAUCAUGCGGCGUCGCAGCCAGAGAGCGAGCGUGACGUAGACCGAGAACAGUCUUUUGAGAUUACAGAGGCUAAGAAGGGCUUUACCGAAGGGCAGUUCGACGAUGCUGCGGAGUCUCGAGACAGUCCGGGCUUUCCUACCAAGGGCUCUAGCUUCUCCUCAUCUUCUGGAUCAGCGUCAUUGUCUGUAUCGGGUGGGCGCAUGGGAGUGACCACAGCCGAGCCAAGUGAUCGAGCGCGCGAGAGCAGUCUGCGCGGUGGCAGUCGUGACAAAAGGGAUCGUCGUUCUUUGGAACGGGGUCAGCCACAUGCGCCGGUGAUGGACGAAUUUGGAAGAGAGGUUCGGCACGAUGCUAAGCGAAAGAGAGCGGACCGGCCGGUCGACAAACACCGUGAGCACAGCACGAGCUCAAGAAGCUGCAGUGGUCGAGAGAAAGUGCGACACCGAGAAAGCGAAAGCCAUUUACCGCGUGAGAAGCGCCAUCGAACAAGUGAAUGGAGCAGCAGGUCCCCGCAGAAAACUGUAUUGACAAGCCAAGUGGUGUUGUUGAAGAAUAUGGUAGGACCAGGCGAGGUGGACGACGAGCUGGAAGACGAAGUAAAGGGUGAAUGCUCGGAGAAGUAUGGCCCCGUGAAAAAGUGUGUGGUGUACGAAAUGGCUGGGAAGGUUGUGCCCGAAGAAGCUGUCCGGAUUUUCGUUCAGUUUACGAAUUCAGAAGACGCCACGAAAGCGUUGACAGGCUUACAUGGUCGAUUCUUCGGAGGCCGCCAAGUCAAAGCAGCGUACUACGACGAGAGCAAGUUCGACCGAAUGGAUCUCACAAGCCAGUAG